AUGAAUGACUCCGAACCCUCAAAUGAUUCUGAGUUGUCACUUGGAAGAACCAAACUUGAGCCCCCAGACGCUACAAGAUCCAAAAUAUUGGUCAAAAUGCGUUAUCCUAUGCUCCUUAGGCUGCUGGCUUUGGUUUGUGUAUUUGACGUGUUGAAGGUCUCCCGAGGAGAAACUCUCAAGCUCGAUGUGCAUUACAGAUAUGUGGUUAAACACGGCUUUGGAUUGUUCCACACUCUAGUCGAUGAGAACGGUCAGGACGUAGAUGUUCUUGUUGACACUAGAUCGGGUUUGUUUUUUUUCGCCGAGAAGAAGUGGUUCGAGAAAGCCACCGGACUCUUCUGCCUUGCAGCGCCCCUGGGGUGCUACGAAUGCUCGAAGCCUUGCUCUGUGGGUAAAGUGUCGGCAAGAGCGAGUUUCGAUAGCGAUUACAGUGUAAGCAUUUUUCCGCACAAAUCGAAAUUGACGAUCGGUAAAGUGUCAGAGAGCUUCACUUUCGGACUGAUAUUCGACCAGAAGCCCCCUGUCACUGAAGUUCCUCCGAUCAAUGUGAUGGGUCUUGGCUUCGAUAAUGGCGAUGAGGACUUCCCGUCUGUGAUGACGCAGUUGCGAUCGUCGAAAGCUAUAACGACCGAUAUCAUUGCUCUCUACUUGUACCCUCCAACUGAUCCCACGGGGGAAUCCAUUGAUGGAGGCCUACUCCUUGGUGGAAGCGACCCUGCAUUAUAUGAGGGAGCACUGAAGUAUGUCGACCUCUCUACGGACGAAGGUUACAUGGUGAAUAUUGACAAGCUACAAGUCGGUGAUGGAACUAUAAUUUCUGGUAUCAAUACGAACGUGGACCUCGACAGCGGCGCCAACUAUCUAUGUGUCCCAAAAUUAUACUAUAAUCGUCUUAUCAAGGAUAUUGGAGCUCAAACUGACAAGGUUGCGGGUAAGCAUGUCGUUUUCAAGUUCGAUCAAGAAAUCAAGACAUGGACAUUCCCUUGCCAAUACAUGAGCAAGUUGCCACCGUUGACGUUUGCCUUGGGCCCUCAGGGCUCAACCUCAUUUACGAUGACGUCCACAAACUAUGCCGUGAGUCUCGAAGGUACCUGCUAUCUUCUUAUCAUGGAAAACCAACGGGAUGACUGGAGUUUUCACGAUCGUAUGUUGAUCGAUAGGUAUUUUGAGUUCGACCCUACUCGUAAACGAGUUGGAUUGGGCAAACUGAAACCGCGAUCUACAUGA